UGUGUACAUUUGCUGUACAAAACCGCCUCGCCUGAAGUGGAAACAUUUCCAACUCAGGGAGCUGCCUGAAAUAAACAAGGGUCUGCAGUCCAGUAUGGGGAGCAACAGCAGUUCGAUAACUGCCCAGAGACUGGGCUUGGUUCUGGGUUCUGUCCUUUUGCUGCAGUGUGUCUGCAUGGCUGUGACUCUCCUGUACUUCUCCAGCGAGUUAAAACAGAUACAGGAGACAUUCUCAAAAAGCAACAUGGCCUGCCUGAUGGACGACAUUGUCAAUCUUCAUACUGAUACCAUGGUGGAUGAAGAAUUCUCUGACUAUCCUCAUGGGGAGAAAACAGGACGCAAUGAGGAGAUGUGCUGGCAGUUCCGAGCUCAAAUUCGUCAGUUGAUAGAAAAGACUGUAUCCAAGCGAUAUGAACAGGACAUGUCUAUAAUUGUAAAAGGUGAAGUGUCUCGUUUGCUUCCAUAUCUGACUCAAUCGCAGUCAGGCACACAGCCAACUGUCCAAAAAAUCGCAGCUCAUCUGACUGGAAAUCAUAGGAGCAAGUCAACUCCACCGGGAGAUUCAUUGUCAAGACGACUUCAGGGACAGAAAAUACAGACGUGGGAGCCACAGCGAGGACAGGCAUUUCUGCAUAGUGUGGAAUACAAAGACGGAGAGCUGAUUAUCCUGCAAACUGGACUGUAUUAUAUCUACGCUCAGACGUAUUUUCGAUAUCGUGAAAUCGCAGGAGAGGGAGACUCCAGUCCACUUUCCAGGAACACUCAGAUGAUCCAGUAUAUUUACAAAAAUACAGCCUACCCUGACCCCAUCCUCUUAAUGAAAAACACCAGGACGACAUGCUGGGCUAAGAACAGGGAAUUUGAGUUGCAUUCCAUUUACCAGGGCGGCCUGUUUGAACUCAAGUACCUUGACAGAAUAUUUGUGACUGUCAGCAACAUCAGCUGGAUUGACAUGGCUGAUGGAUCCAGCUUCUUUGGAGCGUUCCUUGUCAGUUAGACAUGCGGGGAAGGAGGAACACAAAAGCCGAAAGUAUUUUGAAUCCCAUUGGAUUCACUCCUGAUCUCGGUCAUGACAGAUCUCGCAGGAGCUUGAGGGUGACUGGAUUGUGGAGUCAGUCCCCAUUCCUCCCUGGGCUCUGGGCUCAUGCCUGACUGUUGCUGCUGGCUGUGGAAGUCCAGUAGUCACUGGGGUUGAGCAGCCAAGACCCAGAGUUCAAAGUGAACAUUGGGGCCACAACACUGCAGUACCCUCCCAUUGGCACGGCAUUGGCUAUCUCCUUCAGAACUACAGCAAAGAUGUGGUGACAGGCAAUAGGACUCAUAAGGUUAGGGAUGUCAGCAGACCAGAGGAAGUUUUACGCUGCAUCUAACCUGUGCCCAUCCUUCACCCGGGACUGCUUAGUGUUACCACCGAGAUGUCAAUGUGAUCUGUCAAUCUGUUCCCAACACAUGCAUUUGUCAUCAUGACAAAUGGGUCAUUUCAUGAGCUUGUGAGCCAUGGGUGGUCUCAUGUGCACAUGAAGUGACCCCUGGCCCUCCCUAAAGUGACGCCCCCCCCCCCCGCCUCACUUCUGUGCUUUUUAACAUGAAGGUGAGAGCAGGUUUUGGAAUCCUUACAGCCCAGCACAAGUUCACAGAAAGUGAUGGACUCAAAUCAGGAAUGCUGCUCAAAAAUUUGUCUUAAGCAACAGCCUGAGUGGGACUGAGAACAUCAGAAGUUAUUGCUGGCAUUGCUAACUGCUGUUUUCAGACUGCGCAGGCGCAUGACUGAUGUAAGGUGCAGUCCAAGUGUGUAAGGGUUGUGUUUAUUAAAAGUCUGUGAGGAGCCUUUUGGAUUCAGUGUGCACUUUCAACUGAUGAGCGAGCAUGGGGAAUGAGAAAAUGAACAGUGUGCAAUUUUCCAGUGUGUAGAUAAAAAGAAAUGUCCUAAAUGAAACGUUUUAUGUAUGUACAGGAAACUUUAUUUUUUUACAUUCUCAACUGUCUCUUUCAAUGAUUGUCAAGUAUUUCUGGUGCCGUUAGAACAAGAAAUGCAAGGAAUUCAGGCAAAGAAAGAAAAUUCAUGAGAGAAAGCCACUAAACAUCCCAUCCAUUUAGUCUCACGGUUGAAAAUUCAGAGAGCUCUGCUGAAGUGUGUAACCCUCCCUCCCCCUUGAUCGAUUUUUCCAACGACAUCAGGAGAUUCAAUCGGGAACAGGGAAGGCAAAUUCCAGUUUUCUUCCAGGGCCGUAAACAAUUCAAACAAAAUUAGGGCAGAGGGCCCCUAAGGGGCACCAAAACAAAAGUGACAACUCCAAAGCAAUUGAAGAUAUUUACAUCAAAAUAUUGCAACAAGGCAUUUCGAUGAACCUGAAUGUAAGAGUGCGAGGGAUUAUGAAAACUUCCCAUCUGCUGGAGGUAUUCAGAUUGGCUUUAUCUACAUCCUUUACAGGACUCAGUGCCUAGGAAGGAACAACUGAUUGGAUUUGGCUGUUACUGUGUCGAGGAACAGAGUCCGUUUGAGCGUCACUCAGAGUGUCAAGCUCAGGAACUCCUCAUGCUGCUGUUUCCUCCUGCCCCACUCCCCACUUUGUAUUUCUGCAUUUAGUCCUUGCCUUGUGUCUGCGCUUCACUACCUCCUGCACCAUCCCUGCCAGAACACUCAAAGCCCCUCAUACUGGGGUCAAACACACUCGCAACCAGAGCUUGUUAGGGUUUCACAGGAAGUGUUACAUAGAUGGUGCUGCUUGAAUACUGUCAUAUGGAUGUUGGCAUAAUCUCUUCUGUAAAUUUUGAUGAUGUAUGUGUCACAUGUGAAUGUUUCAAAUGCAAAUAUGAUUAAAGUUUUGUUUUAACCAUC